UAAUCAGUUUCUACCAGAUGUAAAUUAACUAAUAAUUUGCUCGGUACUGCGUGACAAAGUCGAUUUUGUUCUACCGUUGAAAUUCGGUAUAAUGCCGCCUUUAAAGUCGAUCAGUCUUGGUUUCUCACAUCAUACGAACGAGCACUGAGGCUCGGCACGAUGGCAGAACAAGUGAGAAAAAAUAUUUCUCUGUUGUUCUUCUGUGCUAUCAUCGUCACAAUAUGUCGAGCUGAUGACGUGUCCAAGAGUAAAUCUAAUCACACAACUACAGUUGAUCAUAACAAGAGUAAAAAUGCUUUACGGUAUGGCUACGGUGGAUCUGGUGCCAGUGCGGCGGCAGCUGCUGCUGCGAGCGGUGCAGCCGGUGGUUAUGGAGGGAUUGGCGGCGGUAUUCAAGCUGGUAUUGAAGGAGGAUUUGAAGCUGGUAUUGACGCUGGCGUGGAAGCUACCGCUGGAGCAACUGCCAGUGCUGGUAUAGGCGGAAUGAUAUCCGGCACUAUUGGUGGAUUAUUUGAAAGUAGUAUUAGUGGUGGCAUGCAAGCUGAAAUCGAGGGUGGAGUACAAGCGGGCGUUGAAGCUGGUGGGAGCGCUGGCGCUUAUGGCAUUGGCAAUUAUGGUGGUAAUGCAGCAGCUGGCGCUGCGGCUGCUGCCGCGGCAGGAGGUAGUGGUUAUAUGGGUGGAGGCUUAUAUGGUGGAGCGAGUGCUAGUUCUGCAGCAGCUGCUGCUGCAGGCGGAGGAGGUUAUUUGGGAGGGGGCUAUUAUGGUGGAGCUGAUGCCAGUGCUGCUGCGGCAGCUGGGGCAGGAGGUGGAGGUUAUUUAGGUGGUGGCUUAUAUGGUGGAGCGGCGGGCGCUAGUUCUGCAGCAGCUGCUGCUGCAGCAGGAGGUGGAGGUUAUUUAGGAGGGGGCUAUUAUGGUGGAGCUGAUGCCAGUGCUGCUGCGGCUGUUGGGGCAGGAAGUGGAGGUUAUUUAGGUGGUGGCUUAUAUGGUGGAGUGGCAGGCGCUAGUUCUGCAGCAGCAGCUGCAGGAGGUGGAGGUUAUUUAGGUGGAGGCUAUUACGGUGGAGCUGAUGCUAAUGCUGCGGCUGCUGCUGGGGCAGGAGGUGGAGGUUAUUUAGGCGGUGGCUUAUAUGGUGUAGCGGCGGGCGCCAGUUCUGCAGCGGCAGCAGCAGCUGCAGGAGGUGGAGGUUAUUUAGGUGGGGGAUAUUACGGUGGAGCAGAUGCUAGUGCUGCAGCUGCUGCUGGGGCAGGAGGUGGAGGUUAUUUAGGUGGGGACUAUUACGGUGGAGCUGAUGCUAGUGCUGCGGCUGCUGCUGGGGCAGGAGGUGGAGGUUAUUUAGGUGGAGGCUUUUAUGGUGGAGCUGAUGCUAGUGCUGCGGCUGCUGCUGGGGCAGGAGGUGGAGGAUAUUUAGGUGGAGGCUUAUAUGGUGGAGUUGACGCCAGUGCUGCGGCUGCUGCUGCGGCAGGAGGUGGCGGUUAUAUCGGUGGGGGCUUAUAUGGUGGAGCGGGCGCUAGUUCUGCAGCUGCUGCAGGGGCAGGAGGGGGAGGUUAUUUAGGAGGAGGAUACUAUGGUGGAGCGGGUGCUAGUUCUGCAGCUGCGGCAGGGGCAGGAGGUGGAGGUUACUUGAGUGGAGGUUUAUAUGGUGGAGCAAGCGCUAGUUCUGCAGCUGCUGCUGGGGCAGCAGGUGAAGGUUACUUAAGUGGGGGCUUAUAUGGUGGAGCAGGCGCUAGUUCUGCAGCUGCUGCUGGGGCAGGAGGUGGAGGUUACUUAAGCGGGGGCUUAUAUGGUGGAGCUGAUGCCAGUGCUGCGGCUGCUGCUGGAGCAGGAGGCGGCAGUUAUGUAGGUGGGGGUUUAUAUGGUGGAGCAGGCGCUAGUUCUGCAGCUGCUGCAGGGGCAGGUGGAGGUUAUGUAGGUGGCGGUAUGUAUGGUGGAGCGGGCGCCAGUUCUGCAGCAGCUGCCGGGGCAGGAGGUGGUGGUUUAUACGGUGCAGCGGGCGCUAGCUCUGCGGCUGCAGCCGGUGCUGGAGGUGGAGGUUAUCUUGGUGGGGGUAGCGCAGCUGGUGCAGCAGGCAGUGCUGGUGGCUAUACUUACACAUAUGGUUUCAAAUAAUGUGAAAAAUACGAAUAGUAAAAUACGCAUGUCUCAAGUUUAGUUUUGGGAGAAUGUAACCCGUUAAGUGAAACAACCACAAUUUUUGUUUGAAAAUAAUAUUAUGCAAGAAUGCAUGCAAAUGCAUUGAAGUUGUUUUGUGCAGCAUUAUAGAUAAUCUUAUGUGUGUUGUACAGGAACUGAUAAUUUAGACAUGCGUGAAAAGUAUGUCUAUUUUCCCGUACAGAUCGUCGAAUUGGUUGCAGUUGCAGUUU